CGGGGGGAGAAGACGAUGGGGGCGUGCGUGUCGACGCCUCAGGAGUGCGUGGGAGGGCGAUCGAGGUCGUCGAGGAAGAAGGCUCGCGUGCGGCGGGCGAAGGUCAAGAGGCGAGUCCCGACGCGCCUGUCCGACGGAUCGCUGGACAGGAUCGAUCGGUCCAGGCCUCGCGAUCGCUCUUUCAACAAUCCUAGCUUCCAAGGAAGCAUUGAUGAGGCAUGGUAUGACUCAGUGGCAGUUUUUGAGUCAGACUGUGAUGAAGACUUCAAGAGUGUCGCAGAUGAUAUACUGUCUCUAAGUGGCUUUGAAGGCGUAUCUAGACAAAGCACUGUAUCACUAAGGGAAUGCAUGCACGGAGAAAGUAAUACCAGCUUACAACAUGCGUCUUCUCUAGAUCACGUGCAUAAACCAGGCGAUAUGUUAAUUGGAAACUCUGCCCACAACUCUGUUGGCGAGGUUGCUAAGAGCUCUGCACAUCAUGUCCCAAAUUCGGAUGAUGCUGAUAGCCAUUAUAAAUCGUGUGAACAUCCAAGUGAAGCUAAGAAACCUGUUUUUCUCGACGAUAUCUCAUCUGUGGAUGAAAAUUCUGGAAAGGAGGAAGGACUCCUGGAUAACUGUGGAAUCAUACCCAACAAUUGUCUUCCUUGUUUAGCUUCAACCGCUCCGUCUGUUGAAAAAAGAAGAUCACUAAGCUCCAGUCCACCAAGCACGAGAAAAAAGUCUGCAUCUAAACUUUCCUUCAAAUGGAAGGAAGCACACAAUAAUGGCACUCUUUUUUCGUCAAAGAUGCUUCUCCAGAGGCCCAUAGCAGGUUCCCAGGUCCCAUUUUGCCCAAUUGAAAAGAAAAUGCUUGAUUGUUGGUCACUUAUUGAGCCAAGUUCCUUUAAAGUUCGAGGAGAGAAUUAUUUAAGGGACAAGAAGAAAGAAUCUGCUUCAAAUCACGCUGCCUAUUAUCCAUUUGGGGUUGAUGUAUUCUUAACUCAACGCAAAAUAGAUCAUAUAGCUCAAUGUGUGGAACUCCCUGCUAUCAGCUCUUUUGGGAAACUCCCACCCAUCCUUGUUGUUAACGUUCAGAUACCCUUAUACCCAGCCGCAAUUUUUCAGAGUGAAACUGAUGGGGAAGGAAUGAGUUUUGUGUUAUACUUUAAGCUUUCGGAUAACUAUGCAAAGGAGCUUUCACCACAAUUUCAAGAAAGUAUUAUGAAGUUAAUAGAUAAUGAGGACGAAAAGGUCAGAAGUUUUCCUGUCGAUUCUAUCGUCUCUUUCCGGGAAAGAUUAAAGAUAUUGGGUCGUGUUGCAAAUGUGGAAGAUCUACACCUGAGUGCAGCUGAGAGGAAGCUUAUGCAGGCGUACAAUGAAAAACCAGUUCUUUCACGCCCGCAGCACGCGUUUUACACCGGAGAAAAUUACUUGGAGAUCGAUCUGGAUAUGCAUAGGUUCAGUUAUAUCUCUAGGAAAGGUUUUGAAGCGUUCCUAGAUAGAUUAAAGCUCUGCAUCUUGGACGUCGGCCUCACAAUUCAGGGGAACAAGGCUGAAGAGUUGCCAGAGCAGAUAUUAUGCUGUGUCAGACUAAACGGAAUUGACUACAAGAAUUAUCAACGACUGGGGUUAAGUCAAAUUCAAGAUCCCGUUUAACCCAUAAAUUUUAUUGAAUGUCGCGAGACUCUCAGAAGUCUUGUCCCUCCGGCAUAAGUUUCCAACUAAUAAGAAAAGCUGAUUUUCUUAA